ACCACUCCCUGAGCUUUCGCAUCCAUGGCCUCGGAAAGAAAGACCUCAAAAGCAUGGCAAGUGGCCUUGCAGCUUUGCGCAGCUGAGGUGUGCCAUGAAAACCAUGUGGAAGAAGAUGAGAAAUCUGCGGUGUUGUGCAACAAGAUUCCGGUUCCAUCGCUUUUUGGAGGAGCUGGGCGCACGACAGUCUUCGGCCGAAUGCUUUGGUGUGCUGCCAUGCUUGGCACAGGACCUGUGAUAGAUUUGUACAGCGGCAUUGGCGACAGCACAGCGUUGCUGGUGGAUGGCUUGGCCCACAGGAGCUCCAAGGAUCGACGCCUCGUUAGCUUCGAACGGAGUUUCGAAAGGCUUUCUUUCGUUGCUGCUCGCUUGCAAGGGCAAGACGCUGCAAUUCACACCGUAGAUGCCCAAACCAUCCAGCAGGGUUACUGGCUAUCCUUUUUGCAUAAACAGAUGGAUUCGUCACAGGCCUCUGCUCUCCUCGUUGCUGGUAGCACAGCAGAGUACUUGGAUGUGGUGUCAAAAGGCCUGGGGGAGCCUGGUUUGCUUCUUUUGGACCCAGAUGUAGAGCUGCCCCGGGAGGAGUUUGCUCGGGACUGGCGAAAGUUGGAGGCUCUCAAGCCCAGAGCCGUUGCGAUUUACAACACCAAUCUGCCUGGAGGAGCAGGCUGGGUCUUGAACCGCUUACUAGCCUUGGGUACAUAUGUCGAAGCUGCAGCGGGCAGCAACGAUGGUGGUCAAGGAGAACUGGAUGAGCUGUUCCAGGUGCGCGCUUGGUCUUUUCUUAUUCGAGUGGAUAGUGAAGGACCACAGUGGCCACUGCACAACCCACCAUCCUUACUGGUCGAUUUGCAGAGCCCGGGUGACCUGCCAGAAGCUCAAAGAGAUGAAAGUGGUACUGUGAGAAUGGUUGGUUCUGAAGCGAAGGAGUGGAUCCAAGAAAACCUGAAGCAAGGCUGGCAAUGGCAGAACACCACUUUCCGUGCUGUGCGCGGGGGCGAAGUGCUUCGAAUCCACCGCACCGUGGGAGAAAUUGUGCCUGUAGAGGUGCAGCGUCCGACUGAGGACUUGCUCACACCUCCAACCACAGAAACGAAUCCUCACCGAUGUUUGGCGGAGGCUGACCCCCUGAUUGAAGCGAGAGCUCUGAGGAUCCCCUGCUUCUUGAACUGUGAAGGUCCAGAUUUUGACCAUCGAUGGGGCGAAUUUCGGCGCAAGGUGUUGCAGAAUGCCAUGGAGGGACAUCCGGCGGUGGAGGAACUCACCGUUGAGGCCACGCUGAUGAAUAAAGGCAUCGUUGAAAGUGAUGAGAUCCUGAUCCAUGGUCGCUCCAGGUUCAUUUCACGACUGCGUCAUGAGUACACCCACGACGGCCAUUUGGAAGGGUUCUGUCUCUUUGGCAUUACUGCUGCUGCCUUCCUGAAAGGACGCUACAUGCUGGGCAUGGAACCCAAAGAGUUGGAGUCUCAUGGGAGAAGGUUUUUUCCCCACCAAUUGGGCUUAGCAGAAAUGGAAACUGCAUACACGAUGGUCACUGAUUCAGACAGCAAAGGUGGCAUCGAGUUCAGUUUCUUGGAGAACUCAGGAUGGGGAGUUGCUUUGGAGGAUAUCGUGUCGAAUUUGGAGCGACAAAAGUCCCAGCUGGGGGCACCCUUCCAGCUUUACCAACCAAAGUGGGCGUCAUUGCAGAUGCGGGCCACAGGUUUGUCAACACGCCAAGCUGGAAAGUUUCAUCCAAGCUGGGAACAGCUGCGCAUUUGCGGCUUAGGCGAUCACCUCACUGCCACUUUUGAUGCUGUUUUGAUGGCUGAAAACAGCCUGCGACUGGGCCUGGGUAGUCUAGGAGGUGAGCAGACCUUGAAAAUACACCUGGAAUUCUUGGGGCGAUAUUGCCCAAAGCAUGCUGGUCAGGGCCAUCAAUGCCGACAGCGUUGCGAGUUGCUUGGAAGCUGCCACGAGGACGAAGACACCGAUCCGGUUGCACGCUUUUUGGAUGGGGUAAUUCAUCCUCAAACACUGGAAGAACUUCCUUUCGAUCUCGAUGAGAGGCGUGAACGGCUUCGUGAAAUCAUUCUAGGAGACACCAGGCUGCGCAGUGCUGAUUUGCUAGUGUGCUCCCAUCCCACAUUGCUGUGCAUGGUGCUUGCUGAGGCCAGUGAAAAGCCACUUUUCGUCCAUGCUUCCUCUACCUUGCUCUAUGGUUUGCAAUGCCUUCGCUGUGCAGCGGUCAGCAGCAACUUGCGCUACUUUGAUCAUUCACAGGGUUCAGCUCACAGCUACCUUCAACGUAUUCGUUCGCUGCUGGUGACGAAGCCGCAGAUGAGCUUUCUGGCUGAGGGCCGCUUCUUGGCCGAACAGAUCCAGUACCAGGUGGGAGUUCAAGUGUCUUGGGUGCCCCCCUUGGCGAUGUACAUCAACGAGGGUAGCUGGUAUGGCCAGGGCCAGCAAGGCGUGACACAGGUGGUCGUGCUGAGGUCCCGAUUCUUCGUGUCUCUCAUGGGUGAAUUGCUUAGGUCACUGCUGCGAGAGAUUGUGGCCCUCAACUAUCAGAAGUACCCUCUGGAGGUGGUUUUCCUGGGAAAGGAUAAGCAGUUUGAAGAGCAGUGGCUGUCUUUGCAGCAACUUGCAGGGUUUGAUGCAGCUAUUUUAUGGCCCAAUGAUUUACACCAGCGCACAUUUCACGAAGUCUACAGAAUGGGCAUGCCCUUGCUGAUGCCUGAUGCUGACGGCCUCUAUCGAGCACAAAAGAUGUCCAAUUGGGGCUAUUCCUCCUACGGUGCCAGAUUGGUGACGCUGGAAGAGGACCGCAAGCAUCCCUUUCCACCAUGGUGGAAUAGCUUCAAUGCGACUCCUGAAAUUGUCAGCUACUGGGAGCGCUUUGCGGACUGGCAGCAGAUGCCUCACGUGCAACGGUUUUCCAGUUUGCCUGGCUUGGUGGUGCAGACACUACAGCUGGAUUUGCGCAAGACUUCCUUUGACAUGUUGACUUUUCACAGGCAAUUGUGCAAAGACGCCUUGGAUCUCGUUUCCCAUGAGAUCUUGUCCGUCAUGAGGCCAACAAAUUGAGCCAAUUGAGCCCCCCUUUGCUUUUUGAAGCUCAAGCCGGACGUGCGCGGAUUCUUGGGGCCGCUCCACUCGGAGAUAGCUGGAGGUAACUGCAGCGAUUUUUGUGCGUCACGGGCACCUCGUUGCAGCACCCAACACGCAUGGGCAUAGUUUGGGAGUGUGGACAUGAGCUCUGGCGGCAGUAGAUUCACAUGAUUCACACCGUUAAGCACCACAUUCGGCCGGCAGUGUCCAAAGAAACACCGAGCCUUCCAAGAGAUCUCCGCAAACAAAGCGAGAUGAGGAUGGCAGACAAGGAAAAGCAUUGCAACAGGGACGUCUCACCCGGUGGUUUCACUAUGUUUCACUCACAGUAUGGGAACAACGUACCAAGAAAAGAGCCGCCUCGGCCAGUGCACUGGGCAGCUACGAUAUAUGUUUCAAAAGGUGAGAAGAA